UAUUAUUAUGUUAAUGCGAAAUCAAUUGGAGCAGAUACUAUAGAUAUUUGGCUGGCUCUUCUCUUUCUCUCUCUCCAAAUAUUUUAAUACUUAGUUCUCUCUGUCUGCCUAGAAAACAUUGAGUCUUUUUUUAAUUUGCUCUAGCUCACUGCUCUCUCUCUCUCUCUCUCUCUCUCUCUCUCUCCAUGUCUAUAGGCGCAUAAAGUUUUGAUUUUUUUUUACUAUGCAGAGUAGCAAUUACUAAUGAAAAAGAUCGUGUACUAGGGCAUGAACAGCUUCAAGGGGCUAUUUUUGGAGUCCCCCAUCAGAGCUCCACCUUUUUUGCUUGUCAAUAUGUCUAUGUGUAGGAGAGCUGACAGAUGGAAAGGAACAGAUUAGGUUUAAGGAUUCAUCACUCUGGAUCCUCACAAUCAGAGGAAUCUGCUUUAGAUUUGGAAAGAAACUACUGCAAUCAUUUGCCUUGGUCAAGCUUGUCGCCACUUCAACCCUUUACUUCAGGUGGGCAGCACUCUGAGAGUAAUGCUGCCUACUUCUCCUGGCCCACAUUGAGUCGACUAAAUGAUGCAGCAGAAGACAGGGCAAACUAUUUUGGAAACCUUCAGAAGGGGGUGCUUCCGGAAACUCUUGGGAGGUUGCCAGAAGGGCAGCAAGCUACCACCUUGCUCGAGCUAAUGACCAUUAGGGCAUUUCAUAGCAAAAUAUUGAGGCGGUUUAGUCUUGGAACAGCAAUUGGAUUUAGAAUCCGAGGGGGUAUUUUGACGGUUAUUCCUGCAAUUCUUGUUUUUGUUGCCCGUAAAGUUCAUAGGCAAUGGCUCAGCCAUGUCCAGUGCCUACCGACAGCCCUUGAGGGACCAGGAGGAGUGUGGUGUGAUGUAGAUGUUGUAGAAUUCUCAUAUUAUGGUGCUCCUGCAGCAACUCCAAAGGAACAGUUGUAUACUGAUCUCGUGGAUGGCUUGAGAGGAAGUGACCCAUGCAUUGGUUCUGGAUCACAGGUUGCUAACCAAGAGACAUAUGGAACCCUGGGUGCGAUUGUGAAAAGCAGAACAGGUAACCGCCAGGUUGGUUUCCUCACAAAUCGGCAUGUUGCAGUUGAUCUGGACUACCCAAACCAGAAAAUGUUUCAUCCUUUGCCACCAAGCCUUGGACCUGGGGUGUAUUUGGGUGCUGUGGAGAGAGCAACCUCAUUUAUCACUGAUGAUCUUUGGUAUGGAAUAUUUGCUGGAACAAACCCAGAAACAUUUGUCCGAGCAGAUGGGGCCUUCAUUCCUUUUGCAGGAGACUUUAACAUGAACAAUGUAACUACAACUGUCAAAGGUGUUGGCGAGGUUGGUGAUGUCCAUGUUAUAGAUUUGCAAGCUCCAAUCAAUAGUCUCAUUGGAAGGCAAGUUGUCAAAGUUGGAAGGAGUUCUGGCUUGACUACUGGGACCAUAAUGGCCUAUGCACUAGAGUACAAUGAUGAGAAAGGGAUUUGUUUCUUUACCGAUUUUCUUGUUGUUGGUGAGAACCAACAGACUUUUGAUCUUGAAGGUGAUAGUGGAAGCCUCAUUCUCUUAAACGAUCAGGAUUGUGAGAAGCCACGGCCAGUUGGGAUCAUUUGGGGUGGGACAGCUAACCGUGGUAGGUUGAAGCUUAAAGUUGGCCUACCCCCAGAAAAUUGGACCAGUGGAGUUGAUCUUGGUCGCCUGCUUGACCUCCUUGAACUUGAUCUCAUUACUACCAAUGAUGGGCUUCAAGCUGCAGUUCAAGAUCAAAGAAAUGCAUCAGCACCGGCAAUAGAUUCAACAGUUGGAGAGUCAUCUCCUCUAGACCGAGUGCCAUCCAAAGAAAAAAUUGAAGAAAACUUUGAGCCUAUUAAUUUAAACAUUCAGCAAGGGGUAGUCAAAGGUGAGUCUCAGCAAGGACAGUCUCCACUCUUCAUUGGCCCUGAAUUUCAUAGAGAAGAUGGGGCAGAAGCAGCUCCUAAUGUGGAGCACCAGUUCAUCCCAAGUUUCUCAGGGCGAUCGCUGAUGCAUGACAACAAACCUCAGGAAACCCCAGAACUGAAAAACCUAUCGGCGUUAAGGAGUGACUCUGAUGAGGAGAUUUGUUUUUCGUUGCAGUUAGGCAAGCCUGAACCGAAGAGAAGAAAGCAGUUGGAUUAACCUUUUAGCAUCAAGGAAUCAAAGUGAAGGAUCAAUGUUGCCAAUGCUGCUUGGAGAACUCCUGAAAACUGAAGUCACAGGAUUGUUUUCUCAUUCUUCCCCAGUUGCUUGGCCUUCAAAUUCUGAAUUGUAAGUAUCCUGAAAUGUUAAAUCGCAAAGAGAGAUUUUAAGGUUCAUACCUUCAUCUAGGUAAAUUAUGAUUCUUUUUUCCCAUGUUUUGGUUAAGGUUACAGCUUUAGGUUACAUAUGUGAGUUAUACAAUAUCCAGUAGAAAAUGUUUAGGGAGGUGUACUUCAUUAAAUAUAUCUUCAAUUGUAUUACCUUGUCAAAAUGGUUGUCCCACAAGGACUCCUAAAAUGGGGGAAUGAACAGUUGGUUAAAACAUAAAAUGUCGUUUUGACAA